UCUGCUCAUUUUAUCAAAAAAAAAAAAAAAUGAAACGCAUCCGCUAAUCAAUUUUGCGCUUGGUUCUGUGCAAAUAAAGUAUUGAUAUAAAUAAAAGCCAUAGUGCAUGAUAUAAAAUAAAAAAAGUGAAUACCAAAUAUAUAUUUAAAAGUGAUUCGAAACGCCUAAAAAUGAGAAUUUUGACCAGCUGUAGGUUAACAUCGCUAUCAAUAUCAACAACAGUGCAAACAAGAGUGCCAUAAAAUGUAGAAAGUAAACAGAGGCACCCCAAGUAACAUUCAUCGAAAUAUAUUUUCAUUUACUCGUGUGGUCUUUUUUAUUUGGUUUUGUAUUGGUGAAUGGGCGCUGCAACCGCCGCCAUCUUCGCCGUUGCCCUGAGAUAUGGCCUCUCUACAUUCCAGUUGGCGUUUUGGCAAAAAAAGAAGCAAACUACAAUUACGCAUUAAAGUUUCACAAGAUCCGGAGGACUUCUAUCGAUUGGAUCCAAAGAAAUCGGCGGCUGAAAAUGCCUAUGACAUCUAUGCCAUGCUUUGUGUGGAGGAGACGCGGGAUACGAAGCGUUUGUUUCUGCUCAAUGCUCUGGCCUCGCUUUGCCUAGCGGCCACCACGGGCUCGCCGCACAACAAUCUACGCUUCAGCACAGAGGAACUCCUUUACUGUCUAAGUGCCUCACUGGUACACACCUUUACGCAGGUACGUGCGGCUGCGCUACGCACUAUCCGCUAUACGCUGACCACGCCAAAGGAUAUCAGAGCGUUCAAUGCGCUGCAGCUUCAGCACCUCUUAUGUCGAUCCAUUGAUUUGAUGCUAAAGAACGACGAUGAACGCGUGCAGGCGCUUAAGUUGGUACGUAAAAUGCUGGCCAUAGCGCCUGAAGACAUAAGUCCAGUAGUCGUCAGAUGUCUAGUGUCGCUGGCCGACAGCGGCAUUGAGGAGAGCGACAAUCUUCUGCGUGCCUGCCUUGCGACGCUUGCUGAGUUUGCAGUGCUCAAUCCGGCGCUGCUGAUUGUGUGCGGUGGCGUCUCAUCCAUUACGCGAAAUGUGCUUGAGUGCCACAAUCCACGCAUCGCCGAAAGUCUCUGCGGCGUGCUGCUCUAUCUUCUCGAGUGGCCGCAGACGCGAAAUAUUUGUGGAGUUCGACUUGACUGCCUAGCGGCUCCUUAUUGUGAUUUCACCUAUGGACUAGGCGUUAUGGAUAAAAACAAGGACGCACGGGAGCUGCGUUAUACCAGUUGUCGCCUAGCUUUACUUUCCGUUCUGCGCAGUUGGACAGGCACGCUCGAAUUCUGUGAUCCAAGCAAACCUUCGGGUUUGAAAGCAAUAGUUGACGCUUUAUAUUUAAAUCAAAUUGAAGUCAGAAAAGCAAUAUUGGACUUGCUUUACGAGCUUUUAUCGGUUCCACAACCUAGCUGGACGGAUGAUUAUGAUGUGGCGUUGCAAACGGUGGAUCCGUCAGAUUUCCAAGACUCUUGGCUGCUAAGCAAUGGGUUUGUCUCCGCUGAGGGACGUUCUAUAUUACCCAGUUUGGCAGCACGUGCUCCCAAUGUGGUGGAACAGCACUUAGCGCUGCUUCUUUACUGCUUUCUUGAAACAGGACUGCUCAAUGCUCUGGUCGAGGUAGCCGUUGCCAGUGAUCAGUUUGUGUCGGUGCGCGCCACAGUUUUAAUUGGCAAAAUAGUACAGCUAAUGCAUACACAUUUGCCAGCUGAUAUUUUUAGCACUAGUCCAGCGUUACCCACGCUCGUUGGACAUGCCACGCAAGGCAAUCAACAAGCCAAUGCAGCCGUGGCAGCUCUGCAAAAUUAUCAGAAGAUGUUGCGCCAGAGGCCGGCAUCGUGUAGUUUAUUUCUUGAUAGCAUUGUACAAGGUGGUGCGCUUUUACAAACACGUCUCUUUCGGCGUAACAUCAAUGCACAGGAACAAACUAGUGCUUUGCAGCUGCAGGAUACAGCUGGAGCAGCGGCCGCUGCAGUAGCCGUCGCGUCUUCGUCGUCCUUUUCAGCUUCUUAUCGAGGCACAGGAACGCUGGAUAGACAGCGUUUGGAUUCAGUUUCCUCCAGUGAUGAGUCGAAUUCGCAGGCAUCAAAUUCUCUGCGUUCCAGCUUUAGACUGAAACGUAAGUUUCUACCGCAGGUAUUUAACCUCGAUAAUUUUCGUGCCUUCAAUCGACUGCUGCACGAAUCACAUGUGUUAACCCAGGCCGAUGCAAACGCCUGGGACUGGGAGGUGAUCAUCACAAUACUGAGAUCAAAUUUAAUACGCAAGCUUGACUAUACGCCGGGAAAAUUUCUAAAUAAAUUCCUUAAACGUUUGGUGGACUUCUUUAAACCAAGUAACAACCGUUUUUCACAUCAAGAUCUUGUUCCGGGCCACACAAUGCCAGCGUAUGUAAGCGCUGGCCUCGAUCUAAUUGAUGUGUUGCUAAGCAGUAGCGAGCUGGAAUGCAUGCGCUACAUAACAGACUAUUUCUCGGACAUAAGCCAACAUCUGCUGGCAGUGACCACAUCAAGUCGUGCCCAUGAUUGCCUGUUUAGUCCGCAGCAUAUGAACAACACAAUGUGUCAGCAAUAUUUUCUCUAUAUUGGACGGAUGUGUCGCAACAACAAGGGUAUUGAAGUGCUUAAGAACACAACCGUAUUCGAAUAUCUGAUUACGCUGGUCCGUCAUACUGAUCAUGUUUGCUAUGUAAAACUGAUUGUCUCUGGCCUAAACUACAGCCAUGAAAAGCUGCCGCGACAAGUGCUAGAAAAAGCCCUUACGCUCGCCAAGACACGUAGUGGUCGACUGUAUGCCACUCAAUUUCUGGCUGUGUUGCUUCGUGCACGUUUGCCCAACUUUGAAAUUUGGGGCCUACCACUAAUUAUACAGCAAACCAAGGACUCGGACCGCAGUGUUGUACUAGCCGCUAUGGAUGUGCUAGAGGAGGCUUGCCAUGACAAAUACUAUCUGGAGGAGAUCGUUAGUCUGUGGCCAAAUCUUAAGCAAUUGGGUGAUGUGGGGCGUCUGCUUAUGUCACGUUUUUACUCUCUAUCGCGCGGUCUGAAUAGCAGCAAAGCUCACAUCGAGGAUGAGAUCAAGUAUUGGCGCAAUGGGUACAAUAAGCGCUAUGUGCUGCUCGUCGAGGCGGAGACACACUCCAGUCUAACGCUACACGUGCGCAACGAGGAUGGCUACUACUCCAGGCGCAAUUGCAAUCAAAGAGCACAGUUAGUUCCGCCCAAUAUAGCGCCGCAUCUGUAUGGCCAAAUGGCGCAGACCACUCAGGGCAUGACAGCUCUUCGAAAAUAUGCUGAUCUCCCCCAGUUAGUCGAGGUUUUUACGCGCGGUAAGUGCAACGACGAUGCCGAAUGCCUUGAGCUAAAAGCGGCUAUUUGGGCUCUAAGUCAUACCUCAACGCACUCCAAUGGCAUUGAAUACUUUGUAGAGCUGGGCGCCAGGCUCUAUGAAAAGCUUAUACUGAUGGUGACCAAGUGCGAAGUGUACUCGGUGCGCGCGACAUGCUUUAGUGCCUUGGGUCUAAUAGCAGGAACUCAGGCAGGCGCCAACUUGCUUUUCAAGCUAAAUUGGCUUAGUGUUCGUCAUGAUCGGAACACAAUGUGGCCCGUUCAUCAGCCAGAGGAUUGGAUUUCAAACCAAUAUACUCCGGUGCGUCAUCACUAUGAGGAUAUGCCGCCGUAUAACUACACGGGUAUUGAGGAUCAAAUCGAUGCUUCCUAUGAUACUGGCAGUUGUUGGAAUCUGCAGGAUGUAAACACCACUACAACGACGACGACGGACAGUGCCCGGACCACUGUCGAAGAGCUUCAGUUCAGUCGGCCGCUUCCCAUUGGCGGAGUAGCAGCCAAAUCGAAAACGCUUCCAGAAGGAAGCAAUGUGCGUCAGGGUAAACAUCAGCGCUCUCUGUCCGAAUCCAAGACAACGGAUGUAUUUAGCCUACUAGGUGGCGGAACUAGUGCGCCAGGUGUUGGAUUCUGUCCAAUGCAUUAUCAACAUCGAAUUCGCUACAAUUCUUGCACGGACUCUAAUACCUCGGGCGUAAGCAGUUGUGAGUCAGUAACUGGAAGAACAGCUGUUGCAUCCGCUGCUGCAGGUGGUAUCAACGUGGGUGACUUUCAGCAAUUUCCACUGAGUCCCAUACCAAGUAUGUCCAAUCUGCUGGAGCUACCGACACUUCAAGCCGCAAAAUUGUUGCGUCGCACAUCAUUGUUGGGUACAAGUUUUCUACCGCCCGCGCUAAGUCCUCUGGCUAUGGAGGGCUACGCAAAGCUGCGCUCUUUGCGGGCCCGGAGUCGUCCGGUGUUCUCAGAAUCGGCUGCGGAACUAUACGACUUUAUCGACAUUGUUGAUCGUGGUGAGGUCCAACCACGAAAAUACUCCUGGGGCGAAUCCAACCGCCGGAUUAAAGUGCGCAGUUUGGAUCGACAGACAAUGCUUAAUGUGUUCACACGUCUCUCGUCGGAAGAACUGCAGGUGCCAUUACCGUCACUGAAUACGCCCAAGUUUCUGCCACCAAAUGAUCUACAAGGUCCAUGCUAUACUGGCAUCUGCUUGCCUAAAAAUGCACUCGAUUUGUUUCCCUCGCGGAAUUUAAGCCGUACUUAUGUCUCAUGUGAUAUUAUUGAUCAGGAUUUAAUGGGCCUUAAUUUAUUGAGCGGGCGGCCGCAGUUCUUAACGUUUCUUAACGAUUCCAUCAACAACGAGGGCGGCGACGAGUCCUCGGUAAUAUCCUCGCUUUCCGAUGUCUCGUCAUCGGCCAGUCGACGGCCGUCCAAAUGGCAAUUUGGCGCCAAACAUGCACGCAGCCAGUGCCUUUAUUGUACACGCUCGCGUCGUCAGCAACGACUGCAAGCGCAAACAUCGCAAGCGUCAGCACAGGACACCAACAGCACCAACGGCCUUGGCGGCCAAAUGGCACCCUGUGAACUUUAUAGCAGCGCAUCAGCGACAUUGGUUGCCGCUGGUAUGCAAGCUGGCCCCGCAUUGGCCCGUAAGACUACUGGCAAAACUGGCGGUGGUUCCAUACAGCUUGCGGAUAUGAGCUUCCACUCGCCCGAGAGCAUAUUGAGUGAAGAGAGUCUCCCAGAUAAGUUAACCGCUUCUAUACUGUACAAUGUGCAGCGUUUAGCUAAUCCGGUUAGUGCAAAACAAUCGAAAAUGGCAUUGUUAGAACUGAAACAGAAGCAUCCCCAUGCUUUUCAAGACAUUUGCCUAUACUCGGAAUCUUGCAAGACGUUGGGGCGCAGUAGCUAUCGCAUGAGUGCGCGCCGCUUUCUGCAGGAACUUUUUCUAGACCUUAACUUCGAUACGUUCUAUGUGGAGCCGCAGCUUAUUAUCAGCGCUCGUAAGCAGCCCGCCAACGAUCUACAGAAAUCAUCACAUACUUCCGUUGCCUCAACAUUAUUGUUAACAACCUCAACAACAUCAACAGCUUCAACAUCAGCAUCAACAACGACAACAACUGCAGCAGCUGCACCACCGUCAUCAAAUUCAACGUUGCUGUCUCACAAGGCGCAGCUGAAGCCUAAGCAAACGGCCCAACUUGCCAGCGUUUAUGAGACCAGCUGGGAAAAUCUACUAAUGGAUCAAUCUCCACGUUUAGGGUCCAAUAAGACUCUAGUGCAGGGUUACUCGGCGUCGCAACCUAGAACGGUGCCGGCGACCACACACAAUGAGCUGCACAUUACUGACUCAACAGAGGAUGCUAUGUAUAGCGACGAAGAUAUUGGCGAAGAUGUCUGUGAUGGAAGCGGUGCCGGCACCCAGGCCAGUAGUGUAACGACCGCAAAUACUGCCGUUCUUGCAGCUCACAGUAAUCGCAGCAGCAUUGGCGCUAUCAGUCAACAGCCACCACCGCCGUCGACGACAGCAUCGUCAACUGUGCCAGCACCCACAUCCAGCACGGCAUGCAGCAAUCUUGAAAACGAAAAUCGUCAGUAUACGCGUGGACGAUUUUAUACGUUGGAGCUAGAUCUGAGUUGUACGAAGAAUAAAUUUCCUAUCACGAAUCGAAAUCGAACGACAGCAAUAAAGGCGGAUCAAGGACCGAUCCCGGUUUCAUUGCUAAUGCGGCAAAUAAGCGCGGAUGCGACUGUUUCACCUGUAUUGACUGAUGGUGCCGCGGUUCUUUACUCCAAUGUGACCAAGAGCUUGGCAGCCUCCAUAGCAAAACCUGUGGGCAGUCUCUACUGCGAAAAGCGCCUACAUAGCUCAAAAUCUGAGGCAUUGCUCGAUGGUGGCAGAAGCGGAAAUGGUACUAUCAAUUGGACAGCACCUAAACGGGAAGCCUUGUAAAAUAAAGGGUGACUGUGAGAAGCUGUAAGAGAUAGCCAUGCCUGACUGAGACUGUCUACACUGCAGGUUAUUCGGCUUCCCUUCUAUGGCUUAAGUUUUUAAGCUUAUCGCGUUAAGUUGUCCACAGUUUUCUUUGCAUUCGCUGAGCGAUUUAUGUAACUUGUGCAUAUAGAAUAUAUACAUAUAUAUGUACAAUCACAACAAAAAAGAGAAUACACACAUCUAAAUAUACUUAAGCCCAUAAUAUAAAUAAUAUAAAAAUAACUAUUUUCUGUAGAUUUUACAAUUACAAUUAAUAUUAUUGAUAAAUAUUUUCUUUUAAUAAAAUUUAUUACCGUUAAGUGUGAAACAUAAUCCAAAAAUAUUAUAUACAUUUUAUUUGUAUAAUGACUAAAAAAAAAAAAAACAGGAAAUAUCGGCUACAUCGGAAGGCCGAUAAUAAAAUACCAAUACCUAAAUCUUUGGGUUAGAACGUUUAUUACCGCCCGAUCGUUCCUGUUGAAAUUGUAUGAUAUAGUAGUCUGAUGUAUUGCAGAUAUAUUUGAGGUCUAACAAAUAUAUCAGAAUAGUGAAACUGA